AUGAAGGUUGCUGCCGAGGCCUUCAAGAACUUGAGGGUUGUCUCUGUCACCGAGGACGAGAACGGACUGAGCGAUGAGACCAUCGCCGUGCUGAGGACACGAGGCAAGAAUCCGAAAGCUUUGGGGAAUCCAGAGGAAGCUCUGGAAGAACUUGAACAUCCUAUCGCUCCGGUUGAGUCUGUUGCGCUUGAGUUGCAGCCCUACUUUGCAGUUGAGUGGCCUAAGACCUGCCAGUACUGGAACUGGAAGGACGUGAAGAAGACCCUCGACAGCCGCCAGCGUGAGGUGUCCAGCAGCUUGGUUGACGGUUGUGCCGUUGGCAUGGUUGGAUCAGACGGGCAUCUUGUCCACAAGCGUUGGAGGAUUGACUGUGACUACAAGCCGCUUGCGUUGCGCCUCGAUACUAUCCGUUGUACCCAGGAUCAUGUGCAUUCUGAGUCUUUUGACUUGCGUCAGACGCAGCACUAUCCGUUGGACAUGUGCCGCGUUGUGUUGCGAUCCUUGAAAUGA